AUGAGUGCCGAAAAUAUAGAAGAUUUAAAAAAUAAUAUGCAUCAAUUAGAUCAGAUUGAAAUUGCGCUUUCUACGGAACCAGAUAAUGCUGAUUUAUUAAGAUUAAGAUCCGAUCUUCUUGAAGUUAUUUCUUUAUUAAAAGAUAUUAUAACCGAAGAAGGAGGAAAUAUUGAUGAAAUAUUAGAUUCAACUUCAAAUAAAAAAUCAGAAGUAAAGAAAAAUACCAAUGAUAAAAAUCAAACACCAAUAAAUGAAGAAGAAGCAAUUUUUAAGAAAAAGAAAAAAUUUACCAAUGAAGGGCUAUCUCAUCGUGAAAGAAAUAAAAUGGAAUGGGUAAAAAGAAUGCAAAAACAAGUAAAACGCGAAGAAAAGCAGAAAGAAUUGGAACAAAUAAAAGAAAAAGAAAAAAGUAGCUGGCAAAAUUUUAAUAAUAAAGCAAAUGUUAAAGGAUUAAAAGGAAUAAAAAGGGUUGGGUCCAUUGUCUCAGCUGGAGAAAGUUUGAAAAAUCCUAAAAUUUCAAAAUCUUCCAUUACAAGUACAAGAUUAAUAUAUGCAAAUAAUACAUUUGGUAAUGUUGCUAGAGGCAACAUGGAUUCAUUAUUUUAG